AUGGCAGCUCGCAGAAUCUCAUCUCUGAUUUCUCGCUCCGUCCCUUUGCUUUCUCGUGGAGGCAAAACCUUCCCAACCUUGGACCCAAGGACUGGUGAGGUAAUUACAUAUGUCGCUGAAGGUGAUGCAGAAGAUAUUAAUCGAGCAGUGGCUGCUGCACGUAAGGCGUUCGAUGAAGGGCCAUGGCCUAAGAUGACUGCUUAUGAGAGACAGAGGGUAUUGUUACGGUUUGCUGAUCUUGUGGAAAAGCAUAAUGAUGAAAUUGCUGCACUAGAGACAUGGGAUAAUGGCAAGCCAUACGAACAAUCUGCUCAAACAGAAGUGCCUAUGUUUGUUAGGCUAUUUCGUUAUUAUGCUGGCUGGGCAGAUAAGAUUCACGGUCUCACUAUUCCGGCUGAUGGACCCCUUCACGUCCAGACUUUGCACGAGCCUAUUGGCGUGGCAGGCCAGAUUAUCCCAUGGAACUUUCCUCUUCUCAUGUUUGCUUGGAAAGUGGGACCUGCAUUAGCAUGUGGCAACACAAUUGUCCUUAAAACGGCUGAGCAGACUCCACUGUCCGCGUUAGUCGUAGCAAAGCUCCUACAUGAGGCUGGCCUUCCCGAGGGUGUUUUGAAUAUUGUUUCUGGAUUUGGUCCAACAGCUGGUGCUGCACUUUGCAGUCAUAUGGACGUGGACAAGCUUGCUUUCACUGGUUCAACAGACACUGGCAAAAUUGUUCUGGAGCUUGCUGCAAAAAGCAAUCUGAAACCAGUUACAUUGGAGCUUGGUGGGAAAUCACCAUUUAUUGUUUGUGAGGAUGCUGAUGUGGACCAAGCUGUUGAGUUGGCUCACUUUGCCCUAUUUUUCAAUCAGGGACAAUGUUGCUGUGCAGGCUCGAGGACAUUUGUACACGAGAAGGUCUAUGAUGAGUUUUUAGAAAAAGCGAAGGCACGUGCCUUAAAGCGUGCUGUUGGGGACCCUUUCAAGGCAGGGAUAGAGCAAGGUCCUCAGAUUGAUGCUGAACAAUUUGAAAAGAUCCUAAGGUAUAUCAGGUCUGGUCAGGAGUCUGGAGCUAAGCUCGAAACUGGAGGUGAUAGACUUGGGACAAAGGGCUAUUACGUUCAGCCAACUGUCUUUUCUGAUGUCAAGGAUGACAUGCUGAUAGCUAAGGAUGAGAUCUUUGGUCCUGUGCAGACUGUCCUGAAAUUCAAAGAGCUGGAUGAUGUGAUUAAGAGGGCCAACAACACAAGGUACGGACUUGCUGCUGGCGUUUUUACUCAUAACAUUAACACUGCUAAUACGCUGAUGAGAGCAUUGAGAGCUGGGACUGUGUGGAUUAACUGCUUUGACACCUUUGAUGCAACAAUACCUUUUGGUGGCUAUAAAAUGAGCGGGAUUGGGAGGGAGAAAGGAGAGUACAGCCUGAAGAAUUACUUGCAAGUGAAAGCGGUUGUUACCUCACUAGAAAACCCAGCAUGGCUGUAAGCUCCACAAAGUAUAUGCUUUCAAGAGUUGGACUGCCCUUUGCAGUUAAAAAGGGAGAUGAUGAUGAAAGAAUUUCGCCUGUUUCUGUUGUCAUAUUUGGGUUUCCUUUUGAUUUUUGAUGCCCCAAUAAUUGUGAUUGAUGAACAGUGUUGCAGUGUACCUUAUCCUUGUGUUUGGCUUGAAAGUUUCUGUUUUUGUGGUCCAAUAAUUUCCCACCUCAGGUUGAAAGAAAGAAUAUUAUAUCUAGUCUUAUGGUCGUCUCUUCCCCUCCUCAACAGUAAAGAAAGAACUUGGGUUGAUUGCAAAAAUCAUCCUUGAGGUUUACUCGAUCUACAGAAGUAAUUACAAAUAGUGCCAGAUACCUGUUGAUGCAUCAUAUAUGUUAGGAUUUUACAAAUGACCCCCUCAGAGACAGAAUUCAGUUGCUGUUACUGAUUUUGAGGGGGUAAUUGUAGUUUCCAAAAAUCAUAUUUGUUCAUUUUAUCUUGAGUUGGAUUGGUAUAUAUCAGUGCAAUAUUUUUUGACUUAUCUUAAACCUCUAACCCCCUCAGAAACAGACUUCAGUUGCUGUUACUGAUUUUGAGGGGGUAUUUGUAGUUUCCAAAAAUCAUAUUUGUUCAUCUAAUCAUGCAGUUGGAUUGAUAUGUAUCAGUGUAAUAAUUAUUUGAAUUAUCUUAAACUUCUAUC